GAAUUGGAAUUUGUGGAGUCCCAGCAGCGCGAGUUGGAGGGUCUUUUGGAGCCAUUGGAGCAGGCAGCUACUGACCUACCACCCACUCAGCAGCACGCUGACGCUGAGCGCGAAGCUAUCUUCCAAAUGUGCGUCAACACUGAUCUUGAGCUGGGUCAAUUGCUCACAGACUUACGCGAAAUGGCUGAUCGGGUGAAUUCCAUCACAAGUGAUAUCUCCGAACCCAAAAUAGCGUACGAUGGGACUGUCUCAGAUUCAGCCUCUAAGUCCACGCUGGGGUCGACUAACGUAAUUGGUCAGGUGACGCGGAUCCUCAAUUCGCACAUGCAUUCGCUUAGUUGGCUGAACCAAAACACACAGGAGUUAAUGGAAAAGUUGAAAUUCCUCACUGCCUCCUGA